UCGCCGAAAGAAGACAAACCCAGAGAGAGCGAGGUAAAAGAAGAAAUCCCCCACUCGUGCCGCUUGCGCCGCCGAGGUACGUUCCAGUCGUACUGUCCUCAGGCUCUCUCUCGCGUCUGCGUCUGGUUGUCCCUGUGUGUUGGUAGCCCCCGGAACCGUCCUCGUCGGCGUACGUCGUCGUCUACCACGUCGGUGGCAGAGCUUGGCAAAUAGUGGGGGCGCGGGGGACGGUUGGUCGAACCGCCGCAACCCGGGGGAAGGUUCGAAAGGCGUAGACAGUACGAGCCUGCCGUCCAAUAGCGAGAACAGCCGCCCCGGUGGCUCCGCCAACCGGAUAGUCGGUUGCGCGCACAGAACGCCCAUCCUCCCCGUUUGUCGGGCUCCCACUGAUGUUUUUAUUUAUUACAUCUGUGACUGGGUAGGGAAAUACUCCCGACUCGACCGAGAGAGCGUUUGCUACUUUGAGAACGAGCGACGCGCGUCCCUGCGAGUUACCGCGGCAGCCGCCUCCGUCGUCAUCGUCGCCGUCGCUGUCGCCGCCGCUACCGUCGCCGCCGCCGCCGCCGUCGCCGCCGUCGCCGCCGCCGCCGCCGCCGCCGCCGCCGCUGUCGUCGUCGUCGUCGCCGUCGUCGCUGUCGUCGUCGUCGUCGUCGUCGUCGUCGUCGUCGCCACCGCCGUCGUCGUCGUCUUCGUCGUUAUCCUCGCUGUCAUCUCGUCAUUGACACUGCCACAGUCGUGUCCCGGUGCACGGGAACAGUGCCCUCGUGCGUGCCUCGCUUGGUCAGAGCACUCGGCAGCCGUUUCGCGAUCCGUUUCGCGUUUGUUGUGACAUGAAGAGAAACGUCGUCGUCGUCGUCGUGAGCCAGUGAACAAGUUGCUGACGAGGUGAGCGCAACGACGGGUGGUCGCAGUCCGCGUGCGACUGACGUUGCCGUCUCUCGUAGUCUUCGUCGUGGUUGUCGUCGUUAUAGUUGCGGUCGAUCGGUUGUACCAAACGUCAUCGCGAUGGAUCGGUGAAAAUAAGAUAGUCGCGCAGUGGACUGGUUUGUUAUGGACACUGAGGCUCACGUGCUUGCGAGGACUGACAAAAUCGUGCGGCGCCGUGAGCCGCGACAUUUGUUUCAAGUGGCACAAGUACGCUUCCAAGGACGCUUCCAACGGCGCGCUCGUAAGACCCGGAAUCAUCGCGAUUCGCGGCCGACACGAGGCCAGCGUCCGUGAGAGCGCACAGCCGAAGAUCGGGAGAAACGGCAUUAACAUGCAUUGAAGCGUCCGUCGCGUGACACAAACGCGAAAGACUCGGCCCGCGACAUUCGCCAGCGGGCGAACCAAGUGACACGGAGCUGAACGUCGCAGGCACGGCACGGAGCGCAUCGCUGGCGACUGCAACGUGCCAGACCAUCGUCUCUACGAGUCGCAGGAAGAACAGGGACGCGCGUUUCCGACCCUCCAUGGACCACGGAGCGAUGGACAGCUCUUCCGAUCACAGCAGCCGUGCCAGUCCCGUAACCGGCAGUCCGAAACACCCGCAUAGUCCGUCGACACAGCAGAGCCAGCAACAGCAGCAACUACACGGCGGCCAGCACCAACCGCCGCCCUCGCAUCAGCAGUCGCACGGGCGGGAUCAGCUACGCGAUCAUCAGCAACAGCAGCAACAGCACCGCGGUGUGCCGACACCGGGAUCACCCACGAGAGGUUCGCCGCCGCAGGGUCUACCCCUGAGUCCACCGCCGUUGUCGGCCGGGGGAGGCCCCGGGGCACCGCCGGGAAUGGUGCCUCGAAUGCCGGGAUUGCCACCGCCAGGUCUGGGACUGCUGGGCCAGCUCGGCGGUAUGCUGAGCGGCCACCAUGGCUCGCCGUUAGAGUUGAUGGCCGCUCAUCACGCGGUUCUGCCACCGAGGUCGUACAACAGCCCGCCGCCGAUCAGCACCAGUGAUCCCACCGCGAAUGAGUGCAAAUUGGUCGACUAUCGCGGCCAGAAAGUCGCGGCGUUCAUCAUCGCCGGCGACACGAUGCUCUGCCUGCCGCAGGCCUUUGAGCUGUUUCUCAAGCACCUCGUGGGUGGCCUUCACACGGUCUACACGAAGCUCAAGCGGCUGGAUAUCGUGCCGUUGGUGUGUAACGUCGAGCAAGUUAGGAUCCUACGCGGCCUUGGAGCCAUUCAGCCCGGCGUCAAUCGGUGCAAGCUGCUCAGCUGCAAGGACUUCGACAUUCUUUACAGGGAUUGCACCACAGCCAGCUCCAGGCCAGGAAGACCCCCAAAGCGCGCUUCCGUUGGACUGAGCCUCGCAGCCAGCCACCUAGCCGCGGCGGCUGGUCAUCAUCCCCAGCACUCCCUGAAGAAGCACAGAAUGGACAACGGCGACUAUUACGAGAACGGACAUCUCGACGUGCCGAGGAUGGAAAAGUCGCCGCUUCUGGCGAACGGAUACAAUCACCCGCCCACGCACCUGAGCCACAUGCAGUUCAUGCAGCUCGGCGGGCACCCAGGUGCAGGACACACCGCCAUCCUGUCACCGGCCAGUCUACCGCAUCACCUGCAGGCGCAGGCACAGGCUCGUGCCGAGCAGGGGCUCAAGGUCAACCCGAAUAUGACCAACAUGGAAGCUCUCGCGAGGUCCGGGACGGUUUGGGAAAACUGCCGAGCUGCCUACGAAGAUAUUGUCAAACAUCUCGAAAGGCUCCGCGAGGAGAGGGGCGACGCCGAGAGAGCGCUGGCUUUGGAUCACAAACCCAGGGACCUCAGCUCGCACAAUGGCUCCUCCAACGGCCACAGCCCGGUUCUAAAUCUGUCAAAAACAGCGGGAAGCGGAAGCGUGGGCGAGCACUCCGGAAGCGAGGCCGGAGCGUCGCAUCGUUCUCAAGACGACGAGGAGGAGGACGAUAAUUUAUCGGAGGACCUCGAGGACGACAACGAAAAGGACGAAGAUUUGUCGGACGUGCCGGAGAACUUGCCGUUGCCAGCGCCGGGCUCGGAAAGUCCCCAGGCCCUCAACUACUCGCAGAUAGCCUCAGCUGCGGUCGCCGUGUCUCAGGGCGCCCAGGACCCCUCGGUCUCGAGUACGGAGACCCUGCUGAGGAAUAUCCAGGGCCUGCUCAAGGUCGCGGCCGACAACGCGAGGCAGCAGGAGAGGCAAAUCAACUACGAGAAAGCCGAGCUGAAAAUGGACGUGCUUCGGGAGCGGGAGGUCAAGGACAGCCUGGAGCGGCAGCUACAGGACGAGCAGAAGGUGCGAGUGGUCUACCAGAAACGGUUAAAGAAGGAACGGAGAGCGAGGAAACGGCUGCAGGAGCAGCUGGACCUGGAGGUCAAGAGGCGCACACAGUUGGAGGAGGCGCUCAAAGCCACGGGGGCAUCCUCCGAGCAAGUCAGAGCGAUCACCGAGAACGUCACGGCGGAAGCGCGCACGAGUUCGGAGCCGCCGGAGGCUAGCCCGGUGCAUUCCCAGUCGCAGCAGCAGCCCUCGCAGCAACAGCCGCCGCAGCAACCCCUUCAGCAGCAACAGGCAGCGGCUCAGCAGUACCGGGAGGCGCAAGUGCCGCGUCCUUCUCAGCAACCGUCGACGCCGGAGAAGCCCGCAUGGGGAUACGGGCUGGAUCUCAUUGGCAGCCAGGCGUCGGCCUUCUGGCAAAACUACCAAGAAUCGCUGGUGCAGGAACUCGAGUUGGAGAGAAAAUCGCGGCAGCACCAAGCGGCCGAGAGGGACCAAGUCAAGUCUCCUCUUCAAGAGUCGCGAACGGGUUACUACAAGAACUCCGUUCUGUUCACGAGCGCGACCUAGAAGAGGCCGGACGAGGGCAGGCGAGGGCAGGCAGAGCGUGCAGCGAACAGCCGGAGCGAGUGAUCGAUCGGGCGAAGAGGGCGCGACUCCAAGAGCCGGACCUACACAACGAGAAACGAACAAAAUCUUCAAGAACAGACGCGCGAGAUGAGAUGGUCGACCGCAUGACGGAGGAGGGACGUACGGAUCGGCCGACCAGGACGACCCUCGUAGCUCCGAGUGACGGCUGGACUCGCGCGAGUGUCCGCGGGGACUCACACAGGUCGGCGAAUGACAAUGCGAAUGAAUGCGCGCGCGAAUGUCGCGAGAGAGAGAGAGAGAGAGAGAGAGAGAGAGAGGAGGGGGAGGGGAGAAAGAGGGAGAGAGAAAGAGAAUAUCUCAUAUAUCGCGGAUGGUGCUUUCUCCUUUGAAAUCCCGGACACAAUCGAGCGAUCUUUACGCGAUUUCGCGCGAGCGGCGUUUACACGACGCGGGAUCGACGCGAGGGGCCGACCUCGUUUCGACCAUCGCCGGAGAACGAAACGGGGCCCUCGCGAAUUGGGAAGAUCGGUCCAGCGACUCGAACGCGGACCGGUCGCACACAUAUCAACGACGCGACUGCACCCAGGCGCCGCGUUUCCCGCGAGAUUUCUCAAUUCGCGUGCGCGGCGAUCGUAGAGUCGCGUCGUUCGUUCGACGACGAGAUGAAGCGAGAAAGAGAGAGAGGAAAGAAGAAAGAAAGAGAACGUUCUCUGUAUGUUACGUACCAUCGAUUACCUGUGAAUGAUCCGUGAUGAUCGAAAUUCGCGUGACUCUCGCGGUACCGAGACGAUCGCGGAAUCGUAGGCAAGCAGACAGUAGGAGAAAUCGAGAGGGUUUCGGAGUCUGGGGGCGAAGGGGGCGGCAAGGCUCUAUACACUUAUCCACACACAUAACAUGCACACAUGAAGAACAUACAGGUACACACGGAUACUGAGAGAAAGAGAGAGAAAGAGACAGCGACGAGGGACGGGAGAGAAGAGAGGCAUAUUUCUAAAGACUGCUGGAGAGUGCGUGCGCGCGUGCAUGCGUUCCUAGAGGUACCUAUCUCCUAAUUAUCGAGCGAGUUAAUUAGCUAAUCGUUUUUAAGAUCCCGGCGAUCGGGCGCGCCGCGUCGCCGGCGCGCAUCGCGAGGCGCGCCGAUUUCGAGUAUUAUUAUCAUUAUUAAUAUUAUUAUAUACGUCGCCGCGCGCGGCGACGCGGGGGGCGACCCCGAUCGCCAACUGCGAAACGAAUGUCGAGUCGCGGGCCCUCGUCGCGACCGAGGCGCUCGACAUCCCGGGACCGGCGUCUUCGGCGACGCCGGUCGAUCCGUGCCGCGCGUAUCGAUCGCGAGCGGAUCGCGAUGGCAGCCGGAAACGCCGUUCUCUCGUCGGACGAAGGCGCGGUGCAUCGCGCUUCGCAACAAAGGCGCCGGGAAUGCGCCGUCUUUUUUGUAAAAUGCUCCCGAAGCGGAACCGGAAGUGUGACACGGGACUCUCCUCGUCUGGAUUCCGGGACGCGGAGCGAGGAUCAGAGCCGCGACUCGAGCGCUGUAUCAUAGAAAACGAGAGAAAGGGAGAGAGAGAAAGAAUGACGCGACGAGCAAACGCAAGCAGUGAGAAAGGUAGAAAGGGAGAGAGCACGUGGGACAUAGCGAGACUGCGAGGGAGAGAACGGGCGGAGAAAAUGAGAAUGCGCGUGAGUGUGUGUGUGUAUGUGAGAGAGAGAGAGAGAGAGAGAGAAGGGAGAGAGAGAGGAAGAGAAAGAGAGAGAGAGAGAGUGUGUAUCUGUAUGUGUAUGUAUGUGGUGUGUAUGCGAAAAAGAGACAGAGA